UUUUUCUCGAAAUGCUCAACGAUCCUCAACCGACCCCUACCUCCCUUGAAAGCCAAUAUCCCUCUUCUUCACUCAAUAACACUUCACAUACAACUCUCUCCGCUUCAACUACAGUACAUAGUACACAUAAACGAGACUAGAUGGCCUCAUCAAUCUCGUCACAGUCGACGCAGCUCGACAACAUUCAGAUGAAGGCCACCAAGGCUGGCUCCAUCCACAGCCACCACUCCACUAAGAAGGAGCUGGGUGCCGAAUCUUCGCAACAAAAGGCAGAGACCGACAGUCUCGACAUCGAGCGUCAAGAGCAUACCCCUGCACCAGCCAUCAGCCAUCGUGCCGCCAUCCUCCUCUUCGUUGGUCUGGCCAUGGCUACAUUCCUGGCCAGUCUGGAUGGCACCAUUAUCGCCACUGCCCUUCCCAAGAUCGCCUCGGACUUCAAGGCCCAGUCUCAAAUGAGUUGGGUCGCCACUGCUUACCUGCUCACAUACAACGCAUUCCAGCCUCUCUAUGGAAAGUUCAGCGAUAUUUUUGGUCGUAAGAUCAUGAUUCUCUUUGCGUGUGUAACGUUCAUGAUCGGAUCAGCCGGUGCCGGAGGGGCGAAGACAAUGACCAUGUUGAUUGUCUUCCGUGCCAUCCAGGGUCUUGGUGGCUCAGGUCUUCUCUCGAUUGUUCUGAUCAUUAUCUCGGAUAUCUUCCCUCUGGAGGAUCGCCCCAAGUAUCAGUCCAUCAUCUGGAGCGUCUUUGGUAUCUCGUCCGUGGUCGGUCCCCUUCUCGGAGGUGUUUUUGUCCAGCAAACCACCUGGCGCUGGUGCUUCUUGAUCAACCUGCCUCUCGGAGUCGUCACCAUUGCGUCGGUCCUUCUCUUCCUGCACUUGCCCUUUGAGCGCCAGGAGCUCAAGAAGCAGCUGGCUCGUAUCGAUUACCUCGGCACAGGACUCAUCAUCAUCGCGGUCAUCUGCCUUUUGCUCCCCAUCACCUGGGGCGGCACGACCUACGCCUGGAACUCACCUGUGAUUAUUUCACUGUUCUGCGUCUCUGCUGUAUUGAUUGGCUUGUUGAUGUGGGUCGAGAGCAAGGCAGUCGAGGCCAUUAUCCCUCCAAAAUUGUUCCUGAACAAGACUGUCACUGUGCUCUUUGCUGUCAACUUCUUGACUGGCAUGGGUUUCUUGGGUGUAAUUUUCUAUGCCCCCAUCUACUUCCAGGUCGUCAAAGGCGUCGGCGCCACUGCCUCGGGUCUUCAUCUCUUGCCUAUGGUGCUCGGUUUGGUCCUAUCCUCGAUUGCAUCUGGUGCUAUGAUGGCUAAGAUUCGCGACUACCGCAUCUUUAUCUGGAUUGGUACAACCAUGAUGUCCAUUGGCGUCGGUCUCUGCAUGCUUCUUGACGCUGAGUCUAACAUGGGCCGGCAGAUUGGGUUCCUGUUGAUUGUCGGUAUGGGUAUCGGUUUGAUCUUGCAGACCUGUAUGUUGGCUGCCCAGGCCGCCGUGGAGAAGGAGGACAUGGCUGUUGUAACGGCGCUGUGUGGGUUCUUCAACAGCAUCGGAGGUGGUGUUGGUAUUGCCAUGUGCUCCGCUUUGUUCAACAACCAUUUGGCGGCCAAUUUUGGGAAGCUGUCCACGGAUGUAUUGGUGGUUAUUAUGGAGUACAACAUUGCAGAAUCGAUCACGGCUGUGCAGGAACUGCCAGGUCCCGUCAAGGAGCUUGUCAUCGGUGCCUAUGUCGACACGUUCCAGUUCAUUUUCAAGUGCAUCACGCCCAUUGCCUGUGCUGCGUUCUUGAUGUCGCUAUUCAUCCGCAAGUUGCGCGUCCUCGAUCCUUCCGAGGUGAUCAUGGGUGCUGCCUAAAAAAAAAAAGCAGCGAGGCAUUACCACGUUCGAGGGGGAGCUUAGAUAUCUGCACACAACACACAACACACAGAGAGCACUGCAUUUUUUCAUACUAGACGCU